AUGGUGGUGGCUGCCCGGCUGCGCUGGGUGCGACGGCGCCUCGAGGCGAACGCGGAUGUCAGGAUCGUGAUCGGCUCUGCUCAGCAUGCGGCCCGCUCCAAGAUCAAGAUCCUCGUGGGCGAGGUGGCGCAGCCUUCGCAUCUUCAUAAGGUGAUGCAGAGCGCCGUCCUGUCCGCCAUCGAGGAACUCUGUUCUCUUCAUCACGCCGUCGAUCGAGGGCACCUGCACACGGACGGCACCAGCGAGAUUGCGAUCUGGGUCACUGCGGGGGGCACGGUCCGCCUGGCUAUGGCGACCAUCGUGGAAAUGGGCACGGUCCUGGUGACGAAGAUACUGGUGGUGGAGACGGUGAUGCCCGUCGCCGCCGAGGGCCUGACCCUUGGCAUGGGGGCGCAGAUCCGUGGCGAUUCCACAUUCCGUCCAUAUGACGGGCCGAUCAUUGGGAGUGAUUGUGUGCAGUAUGGCUGGCCCCUGGGUGAUUUCAUCAACAGGUUUUGCGUCAUAGUGGAGGGCGAGUUCUUAGGCCGUGUUGGACUGAUCCACGACGUGACGGAGAACGAGUUUAUGAUCAAGCUGCACUAUGAUGAGACGUUCAUGGUUUUUCUUGCGCGUGCUGUUCAUGAAUGUCGCGAUCCUUCGAGCACGAGGGUUUGGGAGGCCAUGCUGCUGGAGAAGACUGUCAACGGCGAGCUCCCAGCUGGCUCUGCGAGUGCCGUCGUCGCGGAGCGCUACCUCGUGAUCUGGCGGGACCCCGGCCCCCGCCCGGGCCACGAGCAGCUCUUCGAGCUCUUGCUGGAGCUCGCGGCCCUCGCCGCCGGCGACCCCUGGACCCACGUCGCCGUGACCAAUAAUUUUCAGGGCAGCCCCCACCGGGACGAGCAGGACGCCACCUGCUGGCAGCGGGUGAUCAGCCUGGGGGACUUCGUGGGCGGGGAGCUGUGCGUGGAGGGCCCCCUCGAGGGCCACGACGGCCCCCUGCGCAGGCUGUACGUGGUCAGCACGAGGAACCGCCUGACCCGGGUCGACGGGCGGUUCCCGCACUUCGUGCGGCAGAGAGAGGGGGAUCGGUUCUCGCUGGUGUACUACUGCCUCGACGCCGGGGAGUUUCGCGAGCCGACGCGGCCGCUGGAGCUGCCGGGCGACGCAGCUGCCGGGCCAGACUGA